AUGCAGUACUUGAGCGCCAAAGAUGCCGCUGCGCUGGAUGAUUUACUUAUGAGCCCAGAGACAGGAUUCGAGCUUGCACAGCUCAUGGAACUUGCGGGAUUGUCUGUUGCUCAGGCCGCUCACAAGAUGCUACAAGAGCGCGAGAAGGGCAAGCCAGCUGCUGCCAAUGCACAGAACAGAGUGCUCAUCAUCUGUGGGCCCGGCAACAAUGGCGGUGAUGGUCUAGUUGCAGCACGCCAUCUGCAGCAGCUCUCUCAUGAUGUGCAGAUUUGGUACCCAAAGCCCAAGAAGGGCAUCUAUGAAGGGCUCGUCAAGCAGCUCAAUUACUUGAAAAUCCCGGUGAGCAACAGCAGCAAUCAAUCUCCGCAGCCUCUUAGGCAGUAUGAUCUCAUUGUUGAUGCAAUCUUUGGGUUCUCCUUUUCUGGCGAGGUGCGCUCUCCUUUUGAUGCCAUCAUUCAGGACCUUUCGCAACUGCCUCGUAGUGUUCCGGUCCUCAGCGUCGAUGCUCCGUCUUCGUGGCAUAUUGACGACGGUCGUCCUUCAUCAGGACCAGGCAGGGACUUUUGUCCGGCAGCUCUCAUCUCCCUGAGUGCACCAAAGCGACUUGCUGCUCAUUUCCAGGGUCGCCAAUUUCUGGGUGGACGUUUCCUGGGGCCCGAGUUGCAAGCAGCAUAUGGCCUGCCUGCCUAUCCAGGCACUGACCAUGUCGUUGAGCUUCCGAAACUCUGA